AUGACAGACACAAAUACUCUCAUGCGAGAAAUGAUUGAGGCAUUUCAAAAAGACUUCCUGAAAGACUGUGACAUUUACUUUAAAGGCAAAAACAUGACCAAGAAUGCAAAGAAAAUUCUCUUUGUACUCAACAACAUCAAGAAGAAACUGCACAACUGGUGCCGCACCAAGUUUGACAAAUAUGAAACCAACUUGUCAUAG